AACGAUAAUAGCUGUCUUUUAGAGUCUGUUUCUGAUGCUAAUAAACCACCAGAUACUUCUUCAAACAAGCCCAUCAUAGAUCAGGCUGGAAAAGACGAAGAAACAAAGCAAGAAGCUAUCGACUCGACUAAUGAUAAAGUAACCUCAUUGCGAGAUCGACUAUCCUUACCAUUUGUUGUCACUGCAACGAACGUUCCCGCAACAACUCGCAAUUUGAGACGCCUACUCUCACGACUCACAACAGUCGUUUCCACGGAUCAGGCUUUAGCCUGGAAUGGUUUGCAGACGACUCUAAGUUCUUACAAUACUAGGAAAUCGAGACUGUGGAAUAACGAUUCCGAGGAUCGGCUUAUCCAAAAGGGAAGAAUUUUAGCAUCCGAGCCAAACAAAAGAAGGGAAGAAGUUGAGAAACAGGAUCUUGGAUACAUAGCUGAUCUGAAAAAUCAGUUGGCUAUCUUCAGAGAUAAACAAACUCAGUAUGAGCUCUACUUGUCCGACGCCCUUCAACUUGAGAAACAGACUGUCAGAGUCGAUCAGUGGACAUGGCCAGAUGUUUCUAAGGCAUUGUCAGGGGGCCUUGCCGCUCCUGGCAUCAUACAACACCUCGUCAAAGAGAUAAGUCAAGCCGAGCUUAUGAACGAUUAUAUCCAGUUGGAGCGAUUGAUUGAUCAUCCAGAGGGAUUUAUAGUGACCCAUUUAACUGGUCUGCUUGCCAGUCGUGAGUCGGCGCUGGUACAAGCAGAAGAAAUGAAAUCAACACUAUCCAUUCGAAUGUCUGAGUUGACGGCAAAGACAAUCGAAUUGGCUGGUCGAGCUGAAGAGCUACGCUUGACUAAUGAAGAGAGCCAGCAAGAAGCUAAACAGCUCAGGUAA